AUGGGCUUGAACGACCUACCCAACGAGCUGAUCAUCGAGAUAUUCACUUACCUUCCAGUUUACUCAAUCUUCCAAGUUCGCGCUGUCAGCAAAAAAUGGUGCGGUCUUGUCGCCGCCACACCUAUCGAUCCCGUACGGCGCGCACUGCUCAAGCUCUACCUCAAAGCCAUAACAUCUCCCGUUCUGCUCGACACACAACCCGAGGUCAUUUCAUACGCUGCAGAAUUUGACGGGGAGGCGUAUGCCUCUUCCAUUGAAGCCCUCACUCGCCGGCCUCUCCCUGAGGCGUUCCAUAUGUGGCUCCUCGAGUGGCCAGCGCACGCGGUGAUCAAGCGAUUGUGGCCGGGACUUCCUUCGGUGUGCAAAAAUAUCGUCAGAUUUGGCGGAGUAUGCCUCUUCCCUCAGCCCGACCUUGAGCUCCAGAAGUUCAGCUUAAAGUUGGAAGACAACAAAUAUGCCCUUCACUUCGAAGUCGCCGAUUGGGACGAUGGCAAUGAUUGGGUAUGUGGUAUACCAAUGUACUACGAGCAGGACCAAAAGGUGAUGUGGCGUAUGUAUCUCCUCUUGUCGGGGAAGGGCAAGGGCGAGACGUUAGUCGGGGGAGUAGCAACUGUUUACGGCGGUCACACCAAGGUGGAAGGCCGAGCAACCAGGAGCAUGGAGUGGUUGGAUUCCCUUCAUUUACUUCUAUCUCGCCAGGAUCGUGCGCUUCGGCAUGCGGAGUGCCAACGGUGGAGAAAAGGGCGUGCCUAA